GUGCAGUGAAACGGCGUCGUUUAAGGGCAUUAUAGAGAUUAUAUCUAACAGUAAAUUAAUGGUUUGUCCCUCUCGUUAAGCGAAAAACUAAAAACCCAAAACCCUGGAAACACUUCACCGUUACCCAUUCUAUUUCGGCAAAGAUACCAUGACAUCAAACAACUGAUUUUCGGAGUGAAGAGGAAAAGAGAGGUCUUUAUUGCCAGAUUAAAUGUUUGCUGCUAGGAAUCUUCAAAAACACUGCUUGAAGACUCUGUCUUCUCUGUUGCAAUCAAAUCCCAACAGGAAUGUUGUGGCUUUUAAGGAUACUGCUCCCAAACUAAUUUCAAGCAAUGUGAUACGAUUAGAUGGAUGUUUUGAAGAUAAUUUUGCAUCAUUUCCUUCCUUCACUGAUCCCUUAAAUGGAUGGUUUCGGAUGAUGUCGACUUCAAGGGGGAGAAGUAUGCGAAGCAAGGUCGAAAGACGAAUGCAGAAAGAGUCUGGUAAAACAGCUAGGGAAAUCCGGAGGGCGAAGAAGAUUAAGAAAAAGCUUAUGACUGAUGAGGAGAGGCUUAUUUACAACCUCAAGAGAGCUAAGAAGAAAGUUGCACUUCUAUUACAAAAACUCAAGAAGUAUGAGCUUCCAGAGCUGCUGCCUUCUGUGCAUGAUCCCGAGCUUUUGACCCCUGAGCAGCUUCAAGCAUUUAAAAAGAUUGGAUUCAGAAACAAAAAUUAUGUUCCCGUUGGAGUGCGUGGGGUCUUUGGAGGAGUUGUCCAAAAUAUGCAUCUCCACUGGAAAUUUCAUGAGACAGUGCAAGUUUGUUGUGAUAACUUCCCCAAAGAAAAGAUAAAGGAAAUGGCAACCAUGCUUGCGAGACUGAGUGGUGGAAUUGUCAUUAACAUACACAAUGUGAAAACAAUUAUCAUGUUCCGUGGAAGAAAUUAUCGCCAACCAAAAAAUCUGAUUCCCAUCAAUACUCUUACCAAAAGGAAGGCAUUGUUCAAGGCCAGAUUUGAACAAGCUCUUGAAGCUCAGAAGUUAAACAUAAAGAAGAUAGAACAAGAACUUCGGCGAGAAGGUAUAAACCCUGAGGAUCCAGUCGCAAUGGCCAGUAUUCAGAGAGUUGCUGCAACAUUCUUCAAUGCAAUCGAUGAGAAAGAAGGCAGUCCAUAUGUCUUUCGUGGCGACCAGUCGCCUAUAGCAGAACCUAAGACAACUUUGGCACAUGAAGAAGCUCCUGCUGAGAGUGACCAGGAGGAUCUAGACAGAUUUAUAGCUGAGAUCGAGCAUGCAGCUGAUCGAGAGUGGGCUGAAGGGGAAGAAGAAGAAAAAGAAGAGAUUGGGAGAAUUAGAUACUGGAAUAGACAAGAGUUUGGAGGAAGGCCUGGGAGAUUCGAUAACCUUCAAAAUGAUUACUCUGAUGAUGAGUUUAGAGGGUCAAGGGGUUGGAAAGGUCCACAUGGGAACAAGAGGACUGCUGGUAGUGUGGAUGAAUAUGAAGAUAAUUUUGGGGAUGCUGCUGGGCUGGAUCGGGGUAAUGCUGGUGGUUUAAGUGAGGCUGGAAGUGAAGAUUAUGAUGAUGGUUCGGAAGAAGAUUUUGAGUUCAAGAGAUCUAUGGUGGAAAAAAGAAAGCAAGAUACAGUUGGAAGGUGGAGUAGCACUGCUGGUAUCAAGAGAAAUGCUGGAGGUAGUUAUAGACGAGCAAUGGCAGAAGAAGAUUCUGAGAUGGAAAGUAUGUUGGAUGACCUAGACAGUGCAAUGCGAGAAUCGGAGGUUGAGGAAGAUGAAGAUGAUGAUUUCGGAGCAUCAAAUCGUAGUAAAAAUUUCAGGAGCAGCAGUGAUGAAGAGGAUGGAUUUUAUACCACAAAGGGAAGUGAGAAAAAUAGGGUCAAAUAUUACGAGAGUGACGGUUGUUAUGAAGAUAAUGCCGAGCUUGAGAAGUCAAACAGAGCCGCAUAUGGGAAGGUGGAUAGGAUUGGUAGAGGCAGAAACGCGGAUGCUGAAUAUAGGAAAAAGAUUACCAAGGAAGCUGAUGAUGUGUUCAGUGACUAAAUCUAAUAGGAUCUGAAUUAUAUUGUUAACAUUAUUCAUAUUGCGGGAUAAAAUUUAGCAUCAUAUACAGAAAAACUGGGUGGGAAAUACUUUGUGAGUGCAAAAUGAAAUGUUGAAUGAAGUUUCUCGUCCUUUGGUGGGUUCUUAAAAUUCAUUCCAUGUUUAUUGAUGAUGAUGAUGUAUCACAGUGCUGCUGUUAUCUGA